UACGUGACAGAUUGGAUCGCGCAGGCGCAGUAGGGAGGUGCAGGCCGUAGUUGCGCAGUUGCGAGGAGGAGGAGGAGGUCUGUUGUCGGGAUUAUUUUGGCAACACUGCGUGGGCUCGUUGGUCAGUGUUUUUUUGUAAAGUGCUUGGGAGCUCGUGUAUGGAGAGGCGGACAUGGCUCCAUUCCCGGACGAGGUGGACUUGUUCACUGGGCCUCACUGGCGGAUGAAGCAGCUGGUGGGGAGGUAUUGCGAGAAGCUCUCCAAUACCAAUUUCUCCAACAACAACGACUUCUUGGCAUUGCUACAGUCUCUCUAUGAAACCUUUAAGGAAUUUAAAAUGCACGAGCAGAUUGAAAACGAGUACAUCAUCGGUCUUCUUCAGCAGCGGAGCCAGACCGUGUACAACGUGCACUCUGAUAACAAGUUAUCUGAAAUGCUGGUGCUGUUUGAGAAGGGAAUGAAAAAUGUAAAGAAUGAAUAUGAACAGCUUAAUUAUGCUCAGCAGCUAAAGGAGAGGCUGGAGGCUUUUACUAGUGAUUUCCUACCUCACAUGAAAGAAGAAGAAGAGGUUUUUCAGCCAAUGUUGAUGGAAUAUUUCACUUAUGAUGAGCUGAAGGAUAUUAAAAAGAAAGUGAUUGCACAGCACUGCUCCCAGAAAGACACGGCAGAGAUUCUUAGAGGUCUCAGUCUCUGGAAUAAGGCGGAAGAGCUGCAGAAAGUAUUCAAGUAUUCUGUAGAUGAGAAAGCUGAGCGAAGUUCAAAGACUCAGAAGAGUUCUUCAUCCAUCUCUAAUCUUCCUCCGGAGGUAAUGCUGAACAUUUUUAGUUACCUUAACCCGCAGGAUCUGUGUCGCUGUAGUCAAGUAAACACUAAAUGGGCCCAGCUGGCCAAAACUGGAUCACUGUGGAGACAUCUGUAUCCAGUCCUCUGGGCUAGAGGGGAUUGGUAUAGUGGACCACCUACUUAUCUUGACAGAGAACCAGAUGAAGAUUGGAUAUCGAGAAGAAAAGAUGAAAGUCGUGCUUUCCAGGAGUGUGAUGAAGAUGCAGAUAUUGAUGAAUCUGAGGAAACUGGAGAGGAGGAUUCUUCCAUAAAUGUGGCUCAGCGAGAAAAAGAAUUGCUAAACAGUUUGGUCCAAUAUGUACUUCCAUACAUCGGCCACUCUGUGAAAACUCUUGUCCUUGCCUAUAGUUCUGCCACUAGCAACAAAGUGAUUAGUCGGAUGCUUGAACACUGCCCAAACCUGGAAUAUCUCGACCUUACUCAGACUGAUAUAUCUGACUCUGCUUUUAAUGGGUGGCGUUUUGGUGCUUGUCAGACUCUGCGCCAUAUUGACUUGUCAGGCUGUGAAAAAAUCACAGACAUAACCUUAGAGAAACUGUCAAUGGCACUUGGAAUGCCCUCCGCUUACAAGAAACGUCUGCUCAAGUGUUAUCGGAACAACAGGACCGUGAAAGAUAUUAGAAAUCAUAUGCGGUGCAGUAGUUUGGCACAGAUCACAGGGGAAAGUGGAAUAUAUUCUGAUGCAUUCUGGGCAAAGUCUGACAGGUCAGAGGAUUACACAUGUUCCCCCAUUUGGAUUCUAAACUCAGGCAAUCUGAGCGACAUUGAAGACGCAGCCGACUGGAAUUUCAGAACUGCUGAUGGACUUUGUGUUUUAGAAAUGACCCCCAAUCUGACUUGUUUUACUAAUGGAUGCUGCAGCAGGGCUGUGCCUGGAAGGCGGACUAAUAUCAGUUGGCAGGAACACUGCAAAGCUGCUGCUGUAAGUUAUUGUGGCCAUACAUUGUGUGGAAAUACACUAAGGACUACACACACACUCCCAGGCUCCUCUGCACUGUGCAAAAUUGGAACAAAGACUCUGCAGUCAGAGAUUAGAGACUCUUGCUCUGGGAGUGCAAAACCAGAUCAGCAAGUGGCACGUGUUCUGCAGUUUCUGAGUCUUUCCGGGUGCCAUCAGAUCACGGACCAUGGCCUAAGGGUACUGACCAUAGGAGGAGGAUUAUCUAACCUGGAACAUCUAAAUCUGUCUGGAUGUCUUAAUGUGACUGGAUCGGGGCUGCAAGAUCUGGUUUCCGCUUGUCCAUCUCUUAAUGAUGAGCAUUUCUACUACUGUGACAACAUUAGUGGUCCACAUGCUGCCACAGCCAGCGGAUGUCAGAACCUGCAGUGCGGUUUCCGGAUGUGCUGCCGAUCCGGCGAAUGAUCCGUCACUUAUUUAGACGUCUCCUCUGCUCCGUUCUUCUUUUAUGCACUUUACUGUUUUCUCACUCUUUUGUGUUGAUCUCUGAUUGGAGUUCCUGUGGAAUUUCUCCCCCUGAGUGUCAUUCUUCAUAAGCCUCCAGCAUAGGAACAGUUUCUGCUUCAUAAAAACGCCAUUGACCAAGUCAUCUCUAAACCUUGAAUUUGGACUAUUUUCCUAAAAAGAGGCAUGCGAAUGAAGGGGAAAUUAUAAGGGAUGCACUGAGGCCAGGAUUCAAACUUUUUCAGCAGCAUUUGGCCAAAUCCUUCUG